AUGCUUCUCGGGACCUCCGCGCAGAUUCUGAGUACGGCAAGAGUAGCGGCACGACCAGCGUGCGCGGCGUGUCGGGUCCAGGGCCAGCAGCGCUCCGCACACAAGCUCGUUCAGGUCAAGCUGCUCGAGGACUUGCCCGGCCGCGGCACCAAGGGCUCGGUGGUCAUCGUCUCGCCCGGCUACGCGCGCAACAUCCUCAUCCCGAACCGAAAGGCGCUCUACGUGAACCGCAAUGGAGAGGCCGUCUCGCCGCUGCGGACUAUCCUCCGACUCAACGCGGAGAAGCUGUUGCAGCUCAACCACGACUUGCGGGCUGAGGAGGAGCAGCGGAAGGAGCGGGAAGCGAAGGCUGCUCUCGAGCAGAUGUCUAGGGAUGCGACUUCCGCGAGGCGACUCGAUGAGCAAGCCGCGCUCCACCAGGCGGACAAGACACGACUCGCCGAACUCGCCCGCGCGCCUCCCAUUCUCUUCACGCGUCUCACCAUCUCUCCUACCUCCUCCGACCUCUUCGGAUCCGUGUCUACCGCCGACGUUGUCGCCGAGCUUCGCGAACUCGGGUUCCAGGACUUUUCGCACAUGCGUACGGCGUUCCGCGAGCAUGAGGGGAUCGUCAAUGGCAGGAUCAAGGCGACGGGCACGUUCGAGUUUGUCGUCUCGAGCAGGACGUUCGACGAGGAGGCUGUCGUCAAGGUCAAGGUCACUAAGGGCGAGGGAAACCUGGGCAUGAAGACGGCGGCGGAGGUCAAGGAGGAGCCGAAGGUUGUCGAGGCAGAAGCGAAGGCAGCGGAGAAGCCGUAG